GACCUUUCCAAGGUCAAGCGGGAGGCGGGUUGUAAUUAAUGCUGAUCUCAGAGUGCGAAAAGUUCCUAACGAAGUUACGGGCCCUUCCACCAACUGCUACUCAAGAGCUAUCGGUGUUAGGAGUAAUUAAUGAGGUAUUAAAAUGACGGAAACAUUCUGAAGAAUUCAGAGUUUUGAUGGGUGUUACCAUAACAAUAAAUCAUAAAGGAUAAAUAUCAUGUCUCACAAAAGUUAUUUUAGCUUUUUAAAUCAUGGCUAUUAUAUCUUGUGUUCAAAGAACAGUGUGCGAAAUACAUCACCUCUGCUCAGUCAUGAUUUAAAAAGCUACAAGUAAUAGUUCUUGUAGCUUGCGUUAAUGAACACAUGACAGCCGGCCUACUGUCCUUAUUGCUAAAGGCUAAACUCACGAUUUUUAUAUCUCACCAACAAACUUCCAAUUUUUGGUGACACAGACCUUCUCUUGGGAACAACAACAGUUUGCCACUUCUAACUUGUGAACCCGUUUUGUAAAUUUUUCACUGCUAAAAAUAUCAGUAACUUGUGAUAAUAUAAUUCUAGUGCGUUAUGCGCAUAAGUAGUCUGUUUUUUGUUUGUAAAGAGUAGUUGGUUAAUAUAUUCCAGUUGCUUACACAAUAGAAGUUGAUAUGUCAUAGGAGUAUCAUUAUAGUAAUCCUUUUUGACCAACAUCAACAUGCAAGGGAUAUUAAGUGAAGUCCCAGUAUUAUGAAAGCUUUCUACUCAGGCAAUAUUCGUGCUGCAUUUGGUUUUAAUUAUAAGCUUUGAGAUGUUUAUAAGUGGUUCAUUUCCCUUGGAAUCUAUGUCGACUUAUUUGAACACUUGGACCUAGGUAACCAAACAUCGUUUAUACUUAUUGGUAGCAUUGUAGAAAUAUCUGUAAUGCAUUCGCGUGUCCGUCUGCCCACGUACGCUCUGGGUGUCUUGACCUUCUAGCUGGAUGGAAUAGUCCACAAAUUUGUCUUAGUGCAGGCUCAGCUGGUGAAGUUGUAUUGUGGCAUACUGCGGAUGGUGAUCCCAGAGUACGUGAUCGAUCUUUCCAUUGUCUCCUAACGUGGCUAUGUUCACUUAAUGCCGUCCUGAAAUCUAGUGAGUUUAGUCGUCCAGGGAAAGCAAAGUAUUUCAACAACCAUAAAGAGUCUGUAAAAAAGGAGUUGACUGGGUGGUUUGAAACGAACCUGGAGUCUGUUUAUUCAGCUGCUUGUCAAGGGCUACUAGAUAAUGAAGAAUUGGUCCGUCGAACUAGUUUACAUGUUCUUGGAAAGUUGAGUACUAUUUGGCCGCAUCAUAGUUUGACAGAUGUUCCUGUUUUCAGUUUGAAUUCUUUAUUAUCAUCAAAAAUAUGUUUGGACUCUGAUUUGGAGGAAACUCAAUUAGUUGAUGAUGCUUUUAUUCGUGUGUGUUGUCGGCUUCAAGAUCCUAGUCGAAGUGUUAGACAGUUGGCUGCUCACAUAAUGGCUGACUUGGCUAAAUUUGUUACAGAAAAUUGUUUAUUACAAACAUUGGAGAAAACAGUCAUGUCCGAUCGGCAGGUACGUCGAUCUAUGAUAGAAAGUGACAAUAAGUCGAAGAACAAAAAGAACAAAAGUAACAACAACAAUUUACGCUCUACAGUGGAUAACCGUUCACAAACUAAAAAUCUUACUUCAGAUUCCAUUAAUUUAAUAUCGACUGGCUGUAAUGGAGCUAUCAUUAGCGGAUUGGAAGAUGAUUAUUUUGAAAUACGAUGUACUACGUUAGCUACAGUUACGCAUAUCGCAUCCCUCAAUACUCGAUUCGCAUUAAAUUGUCAAGAUCUCUUAGUUGAUAUGUUAACUGACGAUAUACAAGAUGUACGAUUGGCAGCUGUUCGAGCUUUAAGUGCCGUUGGUGACAAAGUGCCUGUAAAAAGUGAACAAGUAUCCAUUAUUACAUCAGCUCUUGCUGAAGGAUCUGGUCGUAUUCGACGAAGACUGCAUCAUUUAUUAUCACAGUGUCGUUUAGCUUCAGCCCCUUGUCUAAUUAGUUUACUGGAUGGGCUUUUGCAAAAUUUAAGAAGAUAUCCAGAAGAUAGAGAUAAUCUGUGGAGAUGCGCUGCUUCUGUGGGUAGAAAUCAUCCAAUAUUUGUUGAAACUUGUUUAUCCAGUUUAUUACGAACACAUUCAUGGUUGAGUGGUCCAGAACCAGUGAAAGAAGAUCCAGCUUAUCUUACAGUUUUAUUGCUUGUUUUAAAUGCUGAACCUAGUAUACCUGGUAUGCUGGCUAAAUUCCCUAGACAUGUAGCAUCAACUAAGAUUUAUUUGCAAGAAUUGUUACCAUCUUUAUUGCCGAAAACUGUUGUAAAUGACGAGUUUCAAAAUGUUUCUCCACUGGAUUUACCAAACAAGAAAUUAUGUUUAACUACUGAUGCUGAUGAUGGCUGUACAUUGAAUGGACCAUCUAUAAUGGAACAUUGUAGUUUAUAUAAAUUUAUUGCUUCAACAAUAUGUCGUAUAUGUAAAUUAUUUCUAAUGAUUUAUGAUGAAUUAUCUAGUUAUUGUUUAUCAUUGAAACAAGAAGAAAAAUGUAAUAAUCUACAUAGAAGAAUCCCAUGUUAUAAAUAUCAAUCACAUCGUAAUACUUUAUUAUCUCAUCUUAUAUUUAAUGAUUUAAUGAAUUGUAUUAAAAAAUUAAAUCAUAAUAAAAAAUUAAAAAAUUUAUUAUAUUGGUUAAUAUUAUUAUCAACAAUUGGUUGGUAUUUAAUAUCAGCUAAUAUAAUUUAUCAUUAUCAUUCAAUGAAUUCAUUGUCAUCAUCAUCAUCAUCAUCGACGACGACGACGACGACAUCAUCAUCGACAACAUCAAGAACAUCAUCAUCACCAACUUUAUCAUCUAUUAAUAACAAUUUACAAUUGAAUCAUAAUUUUAAAGAGAAAUUCAUUCAUCCAAUUUAUGAACGUAUUAUUAAAUUAUUAAAUAAAGCAAUACGUAAUUCACUUAAGAUAAAUCACUUAUUCUCUGGUAAAACAAAAUAUGAAUCUAUCUAUGUAUCUCAAUUAUGUUCUAAUACAUUUAACUUGUUUCAAUCAUUCACAAAUGAUCAUCAUCAAAUCAAUGUCAACUAUUUAUUGGAUGCAUUACAUUCCAUUAUAAACUUAUUAUCUAAUUCAAAUCAACCGGAAAAUAAUAUCACUUCAAUGCCAAUUCAUCAUUAUUCUAACACUAGGAAACGUUCUUUUCCAACAAUAAAAUUCAAUAUGGAACAAUUCAAUGAUGAUUAUGUAAUCUUAAUUGAUUAUUUAAUUGAUUUAUCCAAUCGAUUAAUACCGGUAUAUGCUGUACUACUACAACCAUCUAGUAAUAGUAGUAAUUUAAUGAAUAUAGAUAAUAAUCAUAAUAUUGAUACAAGAUCAACAAUUUCAUUAAAUAAAUAUCAACCAGAUCAUAAUAUGAUGAUUAUGAUGAAUAUGUUAAAUGAAAAUGAUCUAUUAAAUAUGAAUACUAAUCGAAUUGAUUUGCCAACAUCAUCAUCAUUUAGUCAUAUUAGUGGUAAUAAUGUCGUACCAGAGAUUCGUUUCACUGCGAUUAUUGCAUCAGCUAUGAUAAGGAUUAGAGCGAUUAUUAUUGGUUUGAAUAUUGAGAUGGCACGCAAACAUAUAUGUAUCAUAUUUCGACGUCCUGAUUUAUUAGUAUCACAUAAUCCAUCAACUCAUAAUAAUACAAAAAAUAUUCAAUCCAAAUUAUAUCAUUGGUGGCCACCAUCAAAUUCUUGGCAUCAAUUAGAUGAUGAUACUAUAUCAUCAUCAACAUCCACAAUAAAUCAAGAUCAUUUAGAAAUACGUACACAUAUUGAAUUAACCGCUGGACGUUGGUCAGAUUCUGGUACAAUUAAUUUAGGUAUUGGUUAUUGUUUACAAUCAACGGAUUGUUCAUUUAUGAAUAAUAAUAUAUGUCACAAUGAUGAUAGUACUUAUCAUGAGAAUAGUACAAAUGAUCAUUGGAAUCAUUGUAUAUUAGAUUCAUCAUUGAUUAUACCACUUACACCAAUUCCAUUAUUAUCAAAAGUGAAACUUGUCCCAUGUGCACCGAUUAAUCAAUGGUAACUAUGUUUAUUUAGGUCUAUUCUAUAUUGAAUAUUGUACAUAAGUUCUUUUUAUAUAAUUGAUUUCUUACAUUAAAACAAAUUGAAUAUGAGUUC